AUGAAAGAGCAAAGUGAAGACAGCGAAAGGCAGUCGCUGGACGACAACAGCAAGACCGCCACUCCGAGCAUGGCACGAGCAGACCAAGAAGCCCAAACACCACCGAGCACAGAAAAAGACAGCUAUGAGGUUGGCUGGGAAGGUGGUGCAGAUCCUCUCUGCCCAAGGAGCUUCAGUGCCUUGAAAAAAUGGCGGAUCACUCUUGUGAUUUGUUUUGUCAGUUUUUGCAUACUCAGGACAUGCGCCAGUUCUAUCUAUACCGCGACAUACCAGCAGAUGGAAGCGGAGUUGGGCAACUCUAGAAUUGUGUCAAUUCUUGGCCUUUCCCUUUUCGUUCUCGGCAUCAGUUUUGGUCCUAUGGCCCUCGGUCCUCUCAGCGAGUUUUACGGUCGACGACCCAUUUACGUCGUUUCCUGGACGAUCUAUGUGAUUUUCAUUAUACCGCAGGCUGUCGCCAAGAAUAUUGGGGUGAUUCUCGUUUUCCGUUUCCUCGACGGCUUCGCUGGCAGUGCUUUCCUUGCCGUGGCUGGAGGUACUAUUCACGAUCUCUUCGACAGGGCACAGCUACAACACCCAAUCUCUAUAUUCUCGGUAUCGCCAUUCAUUGGACCCAGUCUGGGUCCCUUGAUCGGUGGUUUGAUCUGCUCUUGGGUCGAUUGGCGAUGGACUUACUACGUACUAAUCAUUUGGUCUUUUGUUUUAUGGCUGGCAAUCGUCUUCCUUGUUCCUGAGACAUUCCACCCGGUCUUGUUGCGCAACAAGGCGAAAAAGCUUCGAAAAGAAACAAACCUCGAAUAUUUCGCUCCUAUCGAAAAAGCGCACCGCUCCGUUGCCUCCGCAAUUGGCAACUCUCUACUCCGACCAUUCCAGCUUCUCAUCCUGGAGCCCAUGUGUCUUUGCCUUUGCAUCUUUGCAGCACUCCUGCAUGGCAUCCUCUACCUAUUCUUCGAUGCCUUCCCACUGGUCUUUGUCAACAAUCAUGAUUUCAACUUGUGGCAAGUUGGUCUAUCGUUCCUGGGAAUUGGAAUUGGUAUGAUCCUCGCCGUGUUCAUGAAUCCGGUUUGGAACAGUGCGCGAAACCGUCUCGUGCAAAAGCACGAACAAGAGACGGGUAUUCAGGGUGCUAGCGAGCCUGAGUUCCGGCUUCCGGCUGCUAUGGUGGGCUCUUUGAUUGUGCCUGUUGGCAUGUUCAUGUUUGGAUGGACCACAUUCCCCUGGGUGCACUGGAUUGCUCCUAUCAUUGGCUCUACCAUCUUUGGAUUUGGAGCAUUGCUCCUGUUUACCUCUAUUUUUGGAUUCCUGGUCGACGCUUACCCAACGUACGCCGCCAGUGCCAUGGCCGCAAAUGGUUUUAUCCGAUGCAUCUUCGCUGCUGUCUUCCCACUUUUCGGCGAGCACAUGUUUGAAGGACUGGGAUACCAAUGGGCGUCAUCAUUGUUGGCGUUCCUUACCGUUGCUAUGAUACCAUUCCCGUUCCUCUUCUUCCGCUAUGGAAAGCUCAUUCGAGGCAAGAGCCGCUUCGCUAAGAAGUGA